UGUCUUUUUCUCUUGCAAGUGUUCCCAAUGAUGAUUGACUUUAACAAUCUCAUUUUGAAUAUAAUUAAUAUCAUGAGCUUAAUAAUUAUAAAAUGAUUGUGCCUUUUAUAAAUAUAUACUCAUUUUUUAUAUCAAAUAAUUUUUUUUUUUUAUAUAAAAUUUAAUUUUUUAACUCUCAAGUUCAGACAAAACGUCAAGAAAUGCCAAGAAAAAUUGGAUUCAAUGUUGUAUACGCGACAAGUGAAGAAGAACGACACUCGUCACUUGAAUUGAAUAUUCAUGGACCAACUGUACGUGGUUGGCAAAGUGCUAAAAAAUGUGGAUAUCCUCAGGAACUUAUUCUUCGUUUACAUGGACCAGCAAAACUUAACAGAAUACAAGUUCUUGCUCAUCAGUAUCUCAUUCCUGAAAAGCUGGAAAUUUGGACAACGAAGGAGGACAAUGCAUCUGUUAAUACAUCAUUUUCUUACUUGGGAUAUAUAACAUUAUCUGAUAAUGAAUCAACACUUUAUAAAAGUAGAGAACUUAAAAGUGUUGCACUACCAGAAACAGAGGUUUAUUCAUUGAAACUUCGUUUGCAUAAACCACAUGAAAAUGCUCAUAAUAAUCAUGAACAAGUUGCUUUAAUUGCUGUGAAUAUUAUGGGUGAGCCAUUUAUUCAAGACACAUCUAGUCAAGCUGAGGGUUCAUAUAAUCCUCACUACACAUCACCAUACGAUGAUCUUGCAUUCGAAAUGUAUGUUGAUCGUGAGGUUGCUAAAAUUAUAAGGCAAAUGGAGGCUAAAAAAUUACAAGCAGCUGAAGCUGAAAGAUUUGAGUAUGCAUCAAAAUUAAAAAUAGCUAUGGAAAUAUUACGUAAAGCUGGUGAACGACUUGGUAAAUAUGAAUUAGAAAAAAAAUAUGCAAUUGCACUUGAAGAUUAUGAUCGUGCUAAAGCAAAAAAAUCACAAGCUCAACAGUAUAGAAAAGAAGUAUAUGAUAGUUUGGGUGUUGAUGAUUUAUUAGAAAUAAAUGGCCCACUUGAUAAAAAUAAUAUAUCAUCUGUUGAUGAAAAUGAAGAAACAACAGACAUAGAUAAUAUUGUAAUAAAUACACCAGCAAAUGAAGAUAUAUUAUCAACAUCAAAAGUAAUGAUUAAUCGUGAUAGUACAUGUUCACCAAUUGCUACAAUUAAUCAUCAACAAAUAAUAUCUCCACUUCAUCAAAAAUCUCACACUCCAGAAAUAACAGAAAGUCCACCAAAUGGUAUAUUAGAAAGACAAAAUAAUCGUAAUACUGGAUCAUUAAGAAGAAAAACAAAAUCAGCUGGACCAUCACUACGUUCAAGUUAUGAAGCAUAUGAAGAACGUACAAUACCAGCACUACGUCAUUCACAUACAAAUGAAUUUACAAGAGAAUGCCAUAUUGAUGGUGGUGGUGUUGAUUGUAUUAAAAUAAAUUCAAAAUUAAAUGAUCGUGAAAAAAAACAAGCAGCAUUACCAAUAUCAGUAUUUGGUAUGGAUAUGGUUGAAAAAUUUUAUUCAAAACAAUUUACUGAUAAAGAAGAGGGUCUUAUGUUAUUAAAAAAAGAAUUAACAAAUUUUGAUGUACAAGUUACUAAAAAUACUGCAAAUAAAACAGCAAGAGCAGCGAUAUUAUUACUUCAUCGUGCAUUGAGAGAUAAAGUAUUUAGUGUUUAUAGUUUAUCAGCCCAAUUAAUUAGAAUGUUUUUUUCUGAAUUUGCAAAUGAUAAAGUAUCAUCUGCUGAAAUAGCACGUAGUGUUGAUCGUUUACUUCCUGAAUUAUUAACAAAAUCUGGUGAUACAACACCGAGAAUUCAUAAUAUGGCUGUUCAUACAAUAUUGAGUAUGGCUGAUUGUAAAUGUGUUAGAGAUCUUCAUAUUAUUCCAGUUCAUUUAACUCGACCAGUUAGUAGUAGUACACAUCAAAGACUUGCUUUAAGUCGUUUGGAAAUGGUUGAACAGCUUAUUCUUAAUCAUGGUAUUUCAACUGAAAAAUCUAGUGGAUUGACUUGUAGAACAUUGUCAGAAUUGGGAUCAUCAGGUCUUCAUCAUCCAGCUGAAGCUGUUAGAAAAGUAUCUGAAAGAAUAUUGGUACUUGUUUAUAAAGUUAAUCCAAGAUUAGUAAGAAAACAGCUUCCUCCUGAUGAUGAUAUUACAAGAAGAAAUUUGUUGUAUCGUCAAUUGUUUCAUGAAUUUGAUUUAAUUGAUCUUCAGAGAAAAAAAGAACUGGAAGCAGUAAGAAAAUCAACACCAACAAGAUCAAAAUCAGUCGACAAUAAUGGUCCAUCAGUUAAAUUUUCAUCACCUUCAAGAUCAAAAAGUCCAAUUAUAUCAACUGAAAGCUCAACAAGUGUAACAUCACCAUCAGAUAAUAGUAUUGAUCAUAAAGGUGAUAAACAUUGUAUAUUUUGUUUAUCAAAAGAUCAAUCAUAUUCAGAGGAAGGUUUAAAUAUUCAUUACUGGCGAACUUGUCCAAUGUUAACAAGAUGUGAAUCUUGUAAACAAGUUGUUGAAAUAUCUUAUUAUAAUUCUCAUAUUCUUAAUGAAUGUGAUCGUAGAAAUAAUUAUGUUAAAUGUGAUAAUUGCAAACAACCAGUUAUUGAAAAAAUUUUAAAAGAACAUAUGAAAGAUAAAAUCUGCAUGAAACCAAUUGAUGGAUAUGAAUGUUGUCCACUUUGUCAUAAAAAUUUUAAUCAAAACAAAUGGAGAGAACAUUUAAUGGGUGAUGAACCAUGCACAAAUAAUUCACGUAUUAAAUUAACAAAAUCACCAUCAAAAUCACAAAAUAUUGGUGGUAAAUUAACAUCACCAACUGAAAAAUAUUUCUAGCACUAACAUUUUUUUUUUUAGUUUUUGAUAUUUUUACAUUUUUAUUUAAUUGUUUAAUAGAAAGUUUUUUUUUUUAUAUUAUUUAUUAAAUAUAUUGUUUAUAGUAAAACUUUAAAUAGCAAAACCCGUCCUCUAGAAAUAAUAAGUAGAAAAUCCUCUAGAUUGUGUAAGGAAAUUUUUUUAGAAAAAUAAAAAUUCAUAAAUAAUUUAAUCUUUUUUUUUUUUACAAGAAAAAAACAAUAAUGCCGUCUUUUUAGGAUUAAAAAUAUCAAUUGCCAUUAAAAUUAAAAAACAAAAAAAUAAUAAUUCAUAAACCGGCCAUAAAAAAAAAAAUUAAGUAUUUCAAAUUAGAAUUAAGAUGAUAAAAAAAAAAAAUGAUAAAUUAUAUGAAAAAUUGUUUUUUUUUUUGUCAUUAAAAAUUUCAGGGAAAUAAAAAUUAAAAAUUAUAAUUAUCCAUCAAUUAAAUUAAAAAUUUAAUUGAAUUUUUAUUCCGUCAUUAAUUACAAAAUAUAAAUUUGUAGAUAAAUUAUAAUAAAAUGAAGAGAAAAAUCGUGCUCAAUAUGAUAAAAAAAAAAAUAUAUAAAAUUUAAACAGUUUCAUCCAUUUUUUCACAUUCCAUAUUAUCUAAUUUUUCUGUC